ACGGACUGAGUGCGCGUGCGUCAGCUGGUCCUCACAGAAAAGAGCAAGAAAAACAAAAGAAAAUGAGUUUGACUGUCUCUGUUUGCGGCGUGUCUCUGCUGUUACUGCUUCAUUUCGUAGGAGCCAAACCCGUUUCUGACCUUCAGAGUUUCAAGCAGCUUUUAGAAGAGGAGAUCAACGCCUCACCGUUACUCCCCGCAGACGAGACUGAGGUGGAGGGGAAUAACCUGCACACGGGCAAGUCGGUGUUCGGAGCGCCAGAGGAACAGCCAUGGGACUCCUCUGACCCUAGUAACUCCGCACUGGUGGCUAAACAGAACCUCCUUUCCCGCAUCUUCAAAGAUCUCGUGAGGACCUCCAAGCGCUCGUGGAGCCGGAAUAAGAAGGGUGGGAUGAGGAGCUGUUUCGGGGUCCGAUUAGAGAGGAUCGGUUCCUUCAGUGGGCUGGGAUGCUAAAGGCGGGGACCUUCAGCGCAUCAGUGUGAAACGCAACCAAGAGCCGAGCUCCCCUCACGCCACAAGGUUUUGACUGACACUUUAAAGGGCGGUUGAUUCAGACUCUGCUGUACAUGGUUCAUAUUCAAAACUGUGUUUUCCUUUUUCAAAUGUGAGCUGUUAAAUUAUUAUAAAUGUAUUUAU